AGUCGUUUCAUUUAAAAUUUAUCGUGGUAAUGUACAGAACCAAAAUUAAAAAAAAGUUGUCUGUCAAAAUAUUUACGGGCCUAACUCAGGGGGGGUGGUGGCUAUGGGGACAGUAGUCCUGUGCCCGGUGAUUUUUUGGGUCUUAGGGGGACCCGGUCGUUGUACUCACUGUGUAGCAGGGCCCCUAUUGCGGUCAGGAAGCUGUGGAAUCGGGUGGGGCGGGCGGAGUUUCUGCUACAUGUCUUUCCCCUCCCCAGCUUCUAAACAAUUGGUAGUUUCCCGUAGAGCCGCAUGGUGAUUGGAUAAGCCUAUCCAAUCCCUGUGAAGAUCUGCCGGGACUUGUAGAAGCUCCGCCCACCCUACCCGAUUCUGCAGCUCACUGAGAGCAGUUGGGGGGGGGGGAACUUUGAAUGGGGAAGAAACAGAAAAAAAAUGCGACACAGGAAACCGAAGAAGCAACUAAGUGUGUCUUGCUCUUGCUGGUGCCGAGCCCUAUCGCACAUGAAAUGCUCACGUUCAAAGAGGUCUUGUACAUCCGAGCGUCAUUCCGCCUGGAAGCAACGCUCACGUCACUGGCAGACAGUGCUGGAUGAAGAUGAUACCGUGGAUGUUAUGAUGAAAAUGCCAGAAUUUACAUACCAAGAUCUGGAUAAUGUAUUUGCAGAAAAAGGAUGUUCCAUUAACAUGAUCCAACAUUGGCUUCAAGACUGCAGAUCUCCUGGGGAAGGAGCACCUGAGGAUACAUCUCAAUCUCAUAUCAAAGGCACAUGGAGUAAAGAGAACAGUACUGAUGAUGAUUUCAACCUGGGAGCCGAAGCAAUCCUGUUAUCUGAUCAAUGGAAGAGCAUUGUAAGGAUGGAUUGCGAAAAAGCCAGAGCCAAGUUCUUCCACUUGGGGAACAGCAUGGCAUCCAGCAGCACCAUCAAGACCACUUCCAGUGUGUCAGAAAUACUCUCGUUGUACCAGGAAGACGCAGAGAACAUCUUAUAUAACCUUGGCUUUGCCUUUGAGGAUCCCUGUGCGGCAUAUACUAUCCCUCCACGUUUUUUCGGCUGUCCCUCGCAGGCUGUGGGCAUUGAUUUUAAACUGUUUUUGGAAUCCCAGAUGCAAAGAAUAGGGAGGGAAAACUUUAAUUAUCUGCUGGAAAGUCUCAACAUUGUGGCUACCUCAAUCAACUCUUUUAAUUCUUUGUAUUCCAAUAUGAUGACGGCACCCCUACAGAACAUAACUCCGGCCCCAGGCAUUGAGACUGUACAGAUAUUAUUUCUCUGAAAUAAUUAUUAUAGGGAAUGCAUUCCUGUACUUCUGUUGAUUUUUUUCCCUGGGUCUUACUUUUAUGUAUAAAUAUAUGUAUGUAUAUAUGUAAAAAAAAUGUACACAUAACAGCUGUAGAAAUGCCACCUUUCUAUUUUUCUAGAAAAUGCAAGAAGGAUAUUGUUGAUGGGAUGUACUGUGGCUGGAUGGACUGUAUCUGUUAUCACUCUUCAGUGGCUGGAUGCACUGUAUAUGUUAUUAUAAUUUUGUUUUAGUGAAACAUACUUCUCUGCUGUUUCCAACUUGUUUAUUUUUGUUUUAUUAUUUAUUAUUAAAGCACACUUUUAAGAGAACAUUUUGUAUCUCUAGUUUUUUGUAUCUCUGUAUUGCUAGUUACAAUAUCCCAGAAGCCCAUAAUCCUGACUGAU